AUCCCACACAAUUUCAGCUCUACGCGAGGCCACACAUUCCCCGUUCCCAAUCCUAAGGAUCGACAGAUCACCAUUUCCUCCGCUAUCCGCGGUACUCUUCCACACUUUCCCAAUCUUUCUCCUCCCAUGGCUCGUCUCACCAAAUUUGCAAGCAGCACUGCGCUGCCUGGGCGGGGCUGCUGGCCGCCGCUGGAUAUGCAACGCUUCGAGGCAUCGCCACAAAGGGCCUCCACCGCUGCCUCUUCACUGGCUCGUCCUCCCCACAAAGCCGCCUCUCCAGUCUCCAUGCCCAAGGCCACAAAGCGGACGGAGCAGAAGUGUGCGCUUGUUUGUGCAGGUUGGGAAUGCCAAAGCUCGUUUGCUACAUGGAAACAUCGACAUACUGGCCAACAUAAUGCGGUCAGAACAUUUGCGACAAAGAAUAAUCAGAGGAAAAUAAGAAAUUCUCAAAACAAGUCAAAAAGUCCAACCUUGAUAAGUGAAGAAGCUUCUUCAGAGAGUGGAGCAAAUGUCGGCACCAGCCUUGAAGUUAAUAAAGAGGAUGCUGCUACUAGUGAUAAAAUUCCAGGUGCCCCAAGGAGUGCUGUUCUUCAGGCUUGCACUCUCACAUCUGGCUUGUUGCUGGCAGGAGGUCUUGUGCUUCGCCAGGUAUCACAUUUUUCAUCUUUAAAUGGAUGGCCAAUUGCUGACCCUACAGAUGUCUCAUUCAAUUUUGAAACUUGGCAUCUCGAGUUGGUCGCAGGACUUGUAAUAUUAAUAUCCUCUAGCAGAUACAUCCUACUACAGACAUGGUCAAAUUUCAGAGAUUCCAGUGAAGCUGCAAAUAGACAAAUCCUUACUUCUCUGGAACCUCUAGAUUACAUUGUGAUUGCUUGUCUCCCUGGGAUCAGCGAGGAGUUGCUCUUUCGAGGGGCGCUGAUGCCUAUCUUUGGACUGAACUGGAUAAGUGCCCUUAUAAUCGGUGCCCUUUUUGGAGUUCUUCACUUGGGCAAUGGCAGGAAAUAUUCAUUUGCGAUCUGGGCAACAUUUGUUGGCUUUGCCUAUGGUAUUGGAACAAUAGCUUCCUCAAGCAUCAUAGUUCCAAUGGCUUCUCACUCCAUAAACAAUAUUAUCGGAGGUUUACUUUGGCACUUUACCAACAACUCACAAAAAGAAAUAUAGAUGAUACCCUUAAUAUUGAUCCCUGUAAGAUAAGUUGUCUUGCAUUAAUGUAAACUUUUUUAGUCUUUACUCCUUAGUAGUUUGGUUGCGUUAGUAUCUAGUGUUGCUUCAUGCCUGUAUUUUUAGUGAAUAUAGUAAAAAAAAUCAUCUUGUUUUA